AAAAGGCAGGCAGAACAGCCAGAGGAGCAGGGAGGCAAAGAAACAUUGUGAAAUCUCCAUCUCUUACCCUUCAACAUGAAAGUCUCUGCAGCGCUUCUGUGCCUGCUGCUUAUAACAGCAGCUUUCAAUCCCCAGGGACUUGCUCAGCCAGAUGCACUCAACGUCCCAUCCAUUUGCUGCUUCACAUUUAGCAGUAAGAAGAUCUCCUUGCAGAGGUUGAAGAGCUAUCGGAUCACCACCAGCCGGUGUCCCCAGAAGGCUGUCAUCUUCAGAACCAAACUGGGCAAGGAGAUGUGUGCUGACCCAAAGGAGAAGUGGGUCCAGAAUUGUAUGAAGCACCUGGGCCAGAAAGCUCACACGCUGAAGACUUGAACUCUGCUACCCCCACUGAAAUCAAGCGGGAGUAUGUGAAAUGACUUUUCCAUUCUCCUCCGGCCUCCUCUUCUAUACUUUGGAAUAUUUCUACCAUAAUUUUCAAAUCGGAUGCAUUCUGUUUUGUGAUUCAAAAUGUACUAUGUGUUAAGUAAUAUUGCCUAUUAUAUGACUUGCUGCUGGUUUGGAGUUUAUUUGAGUAUUGGUGAUCUUUUUUAAAGCAAGGCGUUGAGCAAGUUGGUUGCUAUCUGUAAGUCCCCUUCCCUUCCACUGUGAGCUGCUAGCAGUGGGUUUCUCUUUGGCUCCCAGAGGUUGAGAGCGUGCCUGUGGGAGUCAUGGACAUGAAGGGAUGCUGCAAUGUAGGGAGGCGAUGCAUCCUCCCAAUGUAGGGAAGUGAAUGUGAGGCGUUGCUAAAUAUGUUAUUGUGGAAAGAUGAAUGCAAUGGUAGGACUGCUGACAUUUUACAGAAAAUACACUUUAUUUAAAAUCUC